AUGGCUUUGAGUGCAGCGUUGGAAGGCAGUGCGUCGCAGUGGCUUUCCCAAAUAUGUUAUCCCGAAAUAAAUGGGGGUGAGUUCAAGGAACUUUUCGUUCAGCGUUUUACCAGUGUGGAAACACCAGCUGCUAUGGUUUUGACUAUGUUAUCAACUAGCCCGACCGACGGAGAUUGUCUCUCCAAUUAUGCAAGUCGCAUGGUGACGGCACUCAUCAAUAAAUGGCGUAAUAUGGAUGUGGAGGAGAUUGCUGUUUCUGUGACGCUUGCUCAGUUGGCUCAUAUUGAUACCAGAUUACAACGUCUAACCUUUACUUCAAACGUGCGCACCAGGAGUGAACUACAGACCGAGCUUAAAGCUUUCACAUUCAACAAACCGAAGAAAUCUUUACAAGAAGAAACAGGUUCAACCGACAUAAAACGGCAGAAAGUCUCAACGAUAAAUUGUCAUUUUUGUGGAAAAUUGGGUCACAAGAUGGCUGAAUGUAGAGCUAGACAGCAACGUAGCCUUUCUUCCCGUGUUGCAGAGCCUAGUGGCAAGAGCGUGUUUGGUCGACAACAGCAAUCAAAUGUAACCUGUUUCAAGUGUGGCGAAGUUGGACACAUUUCAACUCAUUGCAGUAAGCCCAAAAUGGACAAGGUCAGGGAUACGCAUCAGGUGAAGAGAGUGCAGAUUUGUGAAGUUGUCGAGCCCAAAGGAGAGAUGCUUCAUCACGGCGUGGUUUUCACGACAACAUUUGACUCUGGAUCGGAAUGUUCUUUAAUUAAACAAAAGAUAAGUGCUAAAUUAGUUGGUAAAAGAAUUAACAAUGUAGUAUUACUAAAGGGUAUUGGCAAUGACAGCAUUUGUAGUACAUUGCAAAUACUUAGUAAUGUAGAAAUUAACAACCAUUGUAUUGAAAUGUUAUUCCAUGUUUUGGGCGAUGAAUAUUUGAAGAACGAAAUUGUUAUUGGCCGAGAAAUAUUAUCGCAGGGUUUUCAUGUCAUUAUGGCACCCGGAAAAUUUGAAAUUGUCAGAUCAAAAAUUGUAAACAAUUGUUCAAAUAACGAUACAUUUUCUAAAGUGAAUACUGAUCUUGUCGGUGAAGAUAAAGAUAAAUUAAACAAUUUAUUGGAAAGCUACUCGAAGUAUUUUACAAAGGGAAUUCCUUCUUCUACAGUCAGUACAGGUGAAAUGAAAAUUAAAUUAGCAGACCCCAGAAAAAUUGUUCAGAGAAGACCAUACAGACUUGGCCCAAAUUAA